AUGGAUAUCGCCGUUGCCUCCCUUGAUGGUAUGACGCCGACGCCAGACGCCACCAACUUUGAUUGCUAUGGUGGUGAAUCGAGUAGGCCGUCAUUACCAAUCAACAUCACCGUCGCCAUCACCCACGCGUUUGGCUGUUGGGUGGAAGCUCUCCAGUUUCGCCACCCGGCAACCGAAAUUCAGACAAAGUAA